AAGUUUGUGCUACGCGCAGAAGUUGACGGGGAAGGAAAAAGGGCCGGGGCUGGCUUUCCCUUUUCAGUUAGGAUUUUUGGAUGUUGUUGGGCUUUGGGUCCACGAACUAAAAUCGCAAUUUGAACUUAGAAGAAGGCCAAGCCGAAGCCUGGGCCAGAACUGAAGGUGAAGCAGCUAACACACCAUAGAGAUCUGGCAUCCCUCCGCUAAAUUCUGCUGAAUAUUCAUUCAAGUUCGAUAUUCAUGGGGCGGGAAGUUCCAGUUUAAGAGUUAUAUAAAGAAGAAAGAUCUCCUUGAAUUUUAUUUUUGAAGUAAGAAGGUGAAUAUGGGUGCUUCGGAAGAGAACAGUGCCUUGUUUCCAAUCUUUGUGUUGACUAUAAUGGCUCUGCCAUUAGUGCCAUACACUAUAGUUAAGAUAUUAAACACAUUCUCGAAGAAGGCAAUGACUAUCCAUUGCCAGUGUUCUGUGUGUUCUCGGUCUGGGAAGUAUAGGAAAUCAAUUUUCAAACGGAUCUCGAACUUCUCAACUUGUAGUAAUCUGACCCUUGUGCUUCUCUGGGUUGUCAUGGUGGUGCUGAUAUACUAUAUCAAGCAUACAAGUCAUGAGUUUAAAGUAUUUGAGCCAUUCAGUAUUCUUGGUUUGGAACACGGAGCCUCAGAUUCAGACAUAAAGAAAGCAUAUAGGAGACUUUCCAUACAGUAUCAUCCUGAUAAAAAUCCAGAUCCAGAGGCCCAUGAUUAUUUUGUUGAAUACAUUUCAAAGGCUUAUCAGGCCCUGACAGAUCCAGUCUCUCGGGAGAAUUUUGAAAAGUAUGGCCACCCUGAUGGCAGGCAGGGGCUUCAAAUGGGUAUAGCCCUACCUCCAUUCCUGUUGAAUAUUGAUGGAGCAUCAGGUGGAAUACUUCUUUUAGGAAUAGUUGGAGUAUGCAUCCUUCUGCCUUUGGUGUUGGCUGUUAUAUAUCUUUCAAGAUCAGCCAAAUACACUGGAAAUUAUGUGAUGCACCAAACAUUGUCUGCCUACUACUAUUUCAUGAAACCUUCUUUAGCCCCAAGCAAGGUCCUGGGUGUAUUUAUAAAAGCUGCAGAAUUCAUGGAAAUUCCAGUACGGCGAAGUGAUGGGGAACCCCUUCAGAAAUUAUUUAUGUUGGUUAGGAGUGAGCUAAACUUGGACCUUAAGAAUAUUCGCCAAGAACAAGCCAAGUUUUGGAAGCAGCAUCCAGCUUUAGUAAAGGCAGAAUUGUUGAUCCAAGCCCAGUUGACUCGUGAGUCUAAAGCUCUGACACCAGCUUUGUUGCGUGAUUUUAGACGUAUGCUAGAGCUUUCACCCCGCCUUCUUGAGGAACUAGUGAAGAUGGCAUUGCUACCACGUACUGCUCAAGGGCAUGGAUGGUUGAGACCUGCUAUUGGCGUGGUUGAGCUUUCUCAGAAUAUCAUUCAGGCUGUUCCGCUAAGUGCUAGAAAGGUUGCUGGGGGAUCUAGUGAAGGUGUUGCACCCUUUCUACAGUUGCCGCAUUUUAGCGAGGCCAUAGUUAAAAAGAUAGCACGGAAGAAAGUGCGAACGUUUCAAGAGCUUCGUGACAUGACCUUAGAAGACCGGGUUGAACUGCUGACUCAGGUUGCUGGAUUAUCUUCUACUGAAACCAAAGAUGUGGAGAUGGUUCUUGAAAUGAUGCCUUCCUUGACAGUUGAUAUCACGUGUGAAACAGAAGGUGAAGAGGGGAUACAAGAGGGUGAUGUAGUCACUAUGCAUGUUUGGAUCACACUCAAGCGUGGGAGUGGCCUAGUUGCUGCUCUUCCCCAUGCUCCUUACUACCCCUUCUUCAAGGAGGAGAGCUUUUGGUUACUGCUUGCGGACCCUGUAUCUAAUGAUGUGUGGAUCUCCCAAAAGGUGAGCUUCAUGGAUGAGGUUGUGGCCAUAACCGCAGCGUCCAAAGCAAUUCAGGAGUUGAAGGAAGUGUCAGGGGCAAGUCUGAAGGAGACAAAUGCAUCUGUUAGAGAAGCUGUUGAAAGAGUAAAAAGUGGUUCAAGGUUAGUCAUGGGCAAGUUCCAGGCUCCUGCUGAAGGAAAUUACAACUUGACUGCAUUCUGCUUGUGCGACUCUUGGAUUGGUUGUGAUAAGAAGACAAACCUAAAGAUAAAAAUAUUGAAGCGGAGUCGAGCUGGUACAAGGACUGGUGCCUUGACAGAAGAGGGAGCUGGUAUGGAAGAGGGGAUUGAGGAGGAAGAGCAGGAAGAAGAAGAUGAAUAUGAUGAUUAUGAGAGUGAAUACAGCGAAGAUGAAGAGGAUGAAAAAGAUUCGAAGAGGAAUGGAGUUGUGCCUGCUGUUGGUGCCGCUGCUGAAAGCUCGGACAAUGAGUGAAAUUCUUAAAUUUUCAUUUUCACUUUGUGGGAACAGAAGGGAUGGAUUUUUUUUUAAUGUUGCUAUAACAUUGAUUACACGAUAUACAAAUUCACAUCUUGAUAUGAACUUAAAAUGUUAUUUGUUUGUUUCAUACAA